AUGGACAUUGCAGCAGUGCAGGAGGAUGCCCGAGCUGACCAGGAGGACACCCUUCUGCACCUCGGCCACCGCACAAGGUUAACACCUGGAGAGGCUCAAGCUAUGAGCAGCGAGUUGUUGCUGUUGCCGCCGGAUGCUCCAGCGGUGAAACCUCCGUCGAUUCCCUCCACGGCCACUAUCACUACCCUAGCUACCGCCGCCGACGGAACGACCACCAUAUCCUCGCUCGGCCAAGACCAGCUCCUUGAGAUCUUCCUCUGCCUGCCGAGCCUGCCAGCCCUCGUCCGCGCCACGCUCACCUGCCGCUCGUGGCUCGGCGCCGUCCGCUCCUCCCGCUCCUUCCGCAACCUCUUCCGCGCCCUCCACCCGACGCCCCUCAUCGCGAUCUUCCUCGAUCUCGACAAAGGCAAUGUCCGCUUGUUUGCCCCCUUCAGCCGCUCAGAUCCCAGCGUUAAUAAGGACAUCACACUGGCAGAUUAG